AUGGAGUGUAGUGCCAUAGGCAGAGACUUGUUGGCUCGAGGAGGCAAUGCCGCAGAUGCCUUGGUAGGAACAACAUUUUGUGUCGGCGUCGUCGGCAUGUACCACUCUGGCAUUGGCGGAGGUGGAUUUGCAAUGAUACGCGAUCCAGAGGGCAACUAUGAGGCAGUCGACUUCAGAGAAGCCGCUCCCGCAGCAGGCCACGAGGACAUGUAUCAGGGUAAUGUCCCUGGAAGCAUAUACGGAGGCUUGGCUGUGGGAGUACCGAGUGAGGUUCUUGGACUGGAGUACAUUCAUGGUAAAUACGGCGUAUGCUCAUCCCCAACUUUCGUAUGGCUUUGCUGGUGCCAACUCAUCGUGCAGUCACUACCAUGGAAGACGGUCAUGCAAGGCGCCAUUCAUGUCGCCCGUUACGGCUUCAGGAUUUCAACCGAUUUUGUGGGCUAUGUCGAACGCACUGUUGAAGGGAAGCCCAACUUUUUGGUGGAGGAUCCCAACUGGGCUCAGGAUUUUGCUCCAAACGGAACUCUUCUCCAAGUCGGCGACAUCAUGACAAGAAAGCGCUAUGCAAAUACUCUCGAGAAGAUCGCAAACCAAGGAGCCAAGGUCUUUUAUACCGGCGAACUCGCGGAGACGUUGGUCAAGUAUAUCCAACAAACAAACGGCACCCUGACGCUAUCCGAUUUCAAGAACUACAAAGUCAUAAGUCGACCCGUCAAGAACGUCACAUACCGCGGUCUUAACCUGUACACUAUCGGCAGCCCCGCCGGCGGCUCAAUAACUCUCAAUAUUCUUAAAAUCAUGGAGAAUUUCGACCUUGCAGAUUCGCGAGACGCCAAUCUCACAUCUCACCGCUUUGUGGAGGCCAUGCGCUUUGGGUACGGCGCUCGUGCUGAGCUUGGUGAUCCAGCGUUUGUCAAGGGGAUGGAUGAAUACGAAGCACAUCUGUUAGACGAGGCUCAUGCCAGGCAUGUUAGGGAGCGCAUUUCAGAUGAGCAGACUCUCCCAGUGAAAGAGUACGAUCCCAAGGGAGUGGAGCUACCGGAGAGCCAUGGGACGUCGCACAUUGUCACAGCUGACAAGUCUGGCAUGGCAACGUCGCUAACUACGACUGUGAAUUUGCUCUUUGGUGCGCAAAUCAUGGACCCAUCAUCUGGUAUCAUUCUCAAUAACGAAAUGAAUGACUUUUCUAUUCCCGGCAUCCCCAACGAAUUCGGCUUCGAGCCCUCCGUCGCCAAUUUCAUUCGGCCCGGCAAACGGCCACUAUCCAGCGUGACUCCCGUCAUUGCUGAAUUCCCCGAUGGCAGAUUGUUUGCCACUGUCGGAGCAGCGGGUGGCUCCCGCAUCAUUUCUUCCACUGCAACUGCUCUAUGGCAUACGAUUGAGCAUGACAUGUCCAUGAGAGAGGCGCUCCGCGAGCCACGUCUUCACGACCAAGUAACGCCGAAUACCGUACUUGUCGAAUACGGGUUCGACGCUAGAACAGCAGCAGGGCUCAUGGAGAAGAAGCACAACAUUACAUGGGUGAGACCAGGCUUGAGUGCUGUGCAAGGCAUCAGGAGGCUGGAUGAUGGGUUAUUUGAGGCGGCGAGCGAACCUAGACAGAAGAACAGUGGGGGAUUGGCGAUAUAG